AGAGAGAGGAUAAAAGAAGGUCAUCGUUUGAGUUUUUGGGGUUUUGCUCUCUCUAAUUGCGUGUGUUUAUAGAGUUGGAGAGGGGGAUAGAAAAGGCUGCGAGCUUUUUCUUUUUCGAAGCAACGCCUCUCGCUUUAGAUCUUGAUAAAACGGGAUGGAUUCGAAGAAGCAGGAGAAGGGGGACGACGAGGACGGCCAGAGGACCGAUCUUCGAAUGGCCGGAGGGGGCCGAGGGGGAGGCAGUGGUGGCGCGGCGACGCCAGUCCACCAUCGGUUGAUCGUUCCCAAGCCGGAGCCGAUGGAGUUCAUGGGGGCGCUGUCGAUCCUCCGGCGGCCGGCUGGGCGGACCAGGGACCGACAUACCAAGGUGGAGGGCCGCGGGCGGAGGAUACGCAUGCCCGCCGCUUGCGCAGCGAGGAUCUUUCAGCUCACAAGAGAGCUUGGGCAUAAGUCGGACGGGGAGACUAUACGGUGGCUUCUCCAGCACGCGGAGCCCGCCAUCAUCGCGGCCACCGGGAGCGGCACCAUCCCCGCCAUCGCCACCACUGUCGAUGGCACCCUCAAAAUUCCCUCCGAGGCCCCCUCCGCCGCCGGAAGCACCACCUCCGUGGGCGACGUCAAAAGGGAAGGAUCCACCGCGAAGCGGCCGAAGAAACUGCAGCCCACGCGGGCGGCCGCGAACAGCAGCAGCGGCGUAUCAGCAGCACACUAUCCGAUCGUCGCAGACCCGCUAGUCCAUAGCGGUGGCGCCAUUUCUAUUUCGUCGGGGCUGGCUCCCAUCGCGGCGGCAGGGCCGGCGGCGCCACCAGGGCUUGUGCCGAUGUGCGCGGUAGGAAACACCGUUUGGGGGAGGGUAAUACCGCCGGGAGCUCUCUGGAUGCUCCCACCCUCGUCGGCGGUCGCAGCAGGGCCGUCAAACCAGCAACCGCAGAUAUGGACGUUUCCAUCCCCGCCGCACAUCAUCAACCUCGUGGGAGCAAGAGCGAUUCCCACAGUGUUCCCCGGAGGUGUUCCGGGGCUGAAUCUUGCCACCGCGGCGGAGGUCCACCCGGUCCCCUUCGCCGACGGGAAGCCGGGCGAUGACGGGGCCUCCGCCUCCCCGUUACAGCUGAUGGAGGAGUCGGCGGACCAGGAAGCGGCGGAAGAAGAACAGCGGCAGCUGCCGGAGGAGGAAGAAGAAGAGGAAGAGGAGCUGCUCUCGGAAUCCAGCCCAGAAGACUAGGUUUUUCUCUUCUCUUGUUUUUUUGUUUCUUAUUUAGGGAGAGGGAAAAAGAGGAAGAAAAAAAUCUUAUAUUUAGCUCAGUAGGAGAGGCCAUGGACGAAAUCUUUUCUACCUGUAAUCCUUAGCAUCGGUGACAGCGGGACGCACGUGCCAACGUGAGCAUAUAAACUUUUCAAUCUCGCUUUUGAGCUCCUGUUUGGGUCCACUGGAGGUGGUCCCCACAUGUAGGGAAUUGGCUCAAAGGGCCCGGGAGAGUGGUCCCCACAUGUAGGGAAUUGGCUCAAAGGGCGCCGUGUUCCGGGGCCCGGGUCCUUUCUGUGAUGGCCUCAUGGAGGACGAGCGCGGGUCCCAAAAAGGGUAGGCAGACCGAAGGGGGAGCUCCGCGUGGUGGGCCCGGGAAAGGGGACGGAUGGGGUGGGCGCUACUAGGAGGGUACACGCGGCCGGUGGUAUCCGGGACGGUGGGGCGACACGUGGACGUGGGUGGGUGAGGGGCGAACGGUGGGUUGCGGAAUAUCCGCUCGGCUGCACGGCUCGUUACUUUGACAUCUUUGACCUUUAAUGGCUAACUUUACUCUUACAA